CUCCUGCCGGGGUGACUUCAUGUUUUGUGUUUUUGAGAGCUGCCAUGACAACACGUUUGUGUGAUGGUGACAAUGCGAAGAAGAAGAAAAAAGAAGAAGAAUGAGAAAAAAUAAAAACCUUCCGGGGAAAACGAGCCCGAGCCAAAGUGCAAAAAAAACACACACCUUAAAAAUGCAUGGCGGCCAACCUGAGGAGCCUGCGUCACCGUAGCCAUGGCAACACAGCAGCUGGCUGAUGGGCGACUGGUGACCCGGGUGAUCAACAACUGUGUGUGUGUGAGUGUGUGAGCGUGCACUCUCCGUGCAGACAUACUGGGGACAAAUGGAGCCACAUAUGCCAGGCAUGGAAAGGAGCUAUACAGGAAAUGAGCGCAGCAGAAAUGACUUUGACCCCCCAGUGGAUGAGGAAAUCAACCCAAGGCGCCGCGCCAUGGAGGGCAGCCGGGAAGAUGAGCUCCAAUUAAAGUCCAUGAGAGAGGAGGAUGACAGCCAAUUCUACAGGACGCUGACAAAGUUCUUAGAAGAGGAGACGACCGCCGUGGACCUGCCAGGAAUGGUGACCGAUGAAGAGCAAGAGGAGUUCACCAGCCACGGGAGACAAGAAGAUGCUGCUGCCAUCCCCAGAGUGUCAGGGCUGAGGCAGCAGGUGGAGGAUGACGAGAUCCCACAAUACGUGGAGCAGUUCAGGGGACACGUGCAGGGGGACAUGGUCACGCUGGAGCAGGAUGAUCUCAGCCAACAACAAAUGAAAAGAUUCCACAAGAGACUUCCAGCAGCCUUCCAAAAAGCAGAAAGCUACCUGGUGAAAGCAGUGAAGAAGUGCCAAGGUGAAGUGACGGCCCAGUAUGGCGAGCUGAGGGAGUGGGGCGGCGAGCAUGGACUUGAUGGGCAGGUAAGGUGCUGACCUCCUGAGGUGGGCUUUAUGAGAACUGGAAUUAAAGACAAAUAUGAAUGGCUCCUGAUGUAGAAGAUCCCAGGUUCAGUUUCUCCCCAAACCAGUGCUACAUCUUCUCUCCAACUAUUUUCUGACUUCUUUAGCUCAGUGAUGCCCCCUAUUUGUUGUGAAGCUCCCACGAUCACAGA